AUGAGAAUCUUCUUCGAGGACGCCAUAAGCGGUUGCUUUAGGAUUUCCGUUGAGGGAUACGACACUUCGCUUCCUGCGGAUGACAUCAAGGAUGUAUUGCGUAACCAUUUCUACUCAUGUGGAGAAGUCUGUGAGGUUGAAGUUCCCAGAGACCCUCUAUGUGCUUUCGUUUAUAUCCAGGGAAAAGACUCAGAAAAGCAUGCCCUGGCACUUAAUGGACGUGACCUGGGAGGAUGGAUUGCAGUUAUUCAGUCUUUACCGAAAAUAAAGUCUACGAUUGAUCCUAAUCUAGCGGGUGCUAUCAGAGCCGCACACGUCCGAAAACAGAGUAGCACUAUGAUUUGCAUCAAGGGAUAUGACACUUCCCUUCCUUUGGAUCAUGUCAAAAGUGCAUUGAUUAGACUUUUCUCUUCAUGUGGCGAGAUCACAGAUUUGUGUCUCUCAAAAGACUCCCGGACCAAUGUUCUCGAAAGUUGGGCUUCUAUUUAUUUUUACGGACAAGACGCAGCAGCGAGGGCCCUGAAACUUAGUGGAACUGACGUCGGAGGAUGGAAGGUAGUUGCUGAGCCUUUACCGGAACCCACUAGAGUCAUACCUGACCAUGGUUUUUAUUAUGGCUCUACUGUCCCAGCUAUCUCGUCGGACCAACAAGACUAA